AUGGCUGAGCUGCAGGGCAAACGCCGCACGGCGACGGCCGUCCUCUUGUACGUGCCGAACCUCAUUGGCUACAUGCGCGUGCUGCUGUCGCUGUAUAGUCUGGCGAUUGCCCACUCGAACUACAAGGCGAGUGUCCUGUGCUACGUCCUGAGCUUCACGUGCGACUACUUUGACGGCUUUUUUGCCCGUCUCUGCGAUCAAUGCUCGUCGUUUGGUGCGGUGCUGGACAUGGUGACCGAUCGGUGCUCGACGGCGGGGCUGUUGGUCGUGCUGUCCCACUUGUACCCGCAGUACAUGGUCUGCUUCAUCUUCCUCCUGGUCCUCGACUUUUCGAGCCACUGGUUCCACAUGUACUCGUCUCGUGGCCACCACAAGCUCGUCCCCGCGGAGCGCAACUUCCUGUUGCGUUUCUACUACGGCUGCUACCCGUUCUUUGGCUUUUGCUGUGUUGGCGCCGAGCUCUUCUACAUUCUGCUUUACGUGCUCCACUUUGAUCCUGCACUGAUGAUACCGGUCAUCAAUGUCCCUGUGAUGCAGCUGUGCUACUACGUGUGCCUGCCCGCCUGUGUGUGCAAGUCCUUCACGAAUGUGGCGCAGCUGUGCAGUGCAGCGCACUCGAUUGCUUCGGAGGAUGCGGCACUUGUGAACAAGACCAAGUAA